GAAGAAGAUGAAAAAUCAGACCUGGCUCCAGUCGUCAGCUCAGACAAGGCUCCAGUCGUCAGCUCAGACCUGGCUCCAGUCGUCAGCUCAGACCUGGCUCCAGUCGUCAGCUCAGACCUGGCUCCAGUCGUCAGCACAGAUGUGGCUCCAGUCGUCAGUUCAGACGUGGCUCCAGUCGUCAGUUCUGCAAUGAGCCAGUUCCCUCCAGAUCCACCGUCCUUGGUGAAGUGCAGGAGGUUAUCAGUGCAAGUGGUCGAUUGCUGUGCAACACAAGGUCAGCAAAAAACACAAGACCGCAAGAAUAACACAGAUGGAGAAAACUCAAAAACUGGAACAGGAGGAGAAUCCCAACCUGCUUUGUCAGCUGCCCUCCCAGAGACCACAUUGAAGAAGCAUCUCUGUUCUGGUGUUGACAAGAGCUUCAGUAACGUGAAAACUCUAAAAGCACACCAGAAAACCCAUCAAGGGAAGACACCUCAUUGCUCUGUCAUCGCAAAACCUUUCGCUACAAAGAGGUGUUUGAAGAAUCGCCAGCGCAUUGAAGAUGGAGACGACCCCAAUCAGUGCAGACAGUGUGGGAAAAGUUUUAGUGCAUCAACACAACUUAAACGACAUCAGCUUACACAUAAAGCAGAGAAACCCCAUCAAUGCAAACAGCGGGGGACCUCAAGCAACACCAGCGUAUUCACUCUGGAGAGAGGCCAUACAGUUGUGGACAGUGUGGUAAAUGUUUUACACAAUCAGGGAAUCUCAAACAACACCAGCUCACUCACACCGGACAGAAACCCCAUCAAUGUGAACAGUGUGGUAAAAGGUUUACACAGGCGACGCACCUCAAAGUACACCAGCUCAUUCACAAAGGAGAGAGGCCUCAUCAGUGCACACAUUGUGAGAGGAGUUUUCAGCACCCAUAAGCUCUUAGACGACACCAGCUUACUCACACAUGAGUGA